CUCUACCAUUAUUCAUUCGUGAAAAUACAAACGGUUACAAAGCAGAAAAUGAAUAACAAAGCAAUCUUCCUUCUUCUCCUCUCUCUCGUCCUUCUCCACGCAUCUGCAGCCGCGCCUACCGGCCGAUGGACUCCCAUCAGUAACGUUAAGGAUCCUCACGUCGUAGCGGUCGGCAAAUUCGCUGUUUCCGAGUACGACAUGCAAAGCAAGUCGGAACUUAAGUUCGUGGCGGUUGUUAGCGGUGAGUCUAAGGUAGUCGCCGGCAUUAGUUACCGGCUUAUCGUGGCGGUUAAUGACGGCGUAGCGGGCCCUGGUGCGAGCAAGAACUAUGAGGCGAUUGUGUGGGAAAAAGAAUGGUUGAAAUCAAUGAAUCUCACUUCCUUCAAGCCCGUCGUCUGAUAGUCAUAUCCUCUGAAUUUUCCAUGUAAUCGGUCUCAUGAAACAUCAAAAGAAAGAAGAUAAAAUAAAACAGAAAGGGAUUAAUGUCA